GGCACACAGCUCCCAUUUCCGCUCUACAUCCGACUCUUUGAGAGUGGAAGAUCUCAAUAAACUCGUAGCGAUUGACGUUAUCACAACGUCCCUAUUUAGCAGUCAUGUCGGCUAAGAUCUUUCUAACUGGCGGCACCGGAUACAUCGGCGGCGACGUCCUCUACACGAUUGUCCACACCCAUCCUGAAUACGACAUCUCAGCCCUCGUCCGCGAUAGCACCAAAGGUGCCCUCUUCGCAAAGCAGUACCCCCAGCUCCGCCUCGUCUACGGCACUCUUGACGACACUCAGCUCCUUGCCAAAGAAGCUGCCGCUGCAGAUAUCGUAGUCCACUGCGCCCACGCCGACCACGUAGCCUCUGCCGAAGCCCUCAUCAAGGGUCUCACGGGAAAGCCAUCCGGUAAAGGCUUCCUGAUCCAUACGGGCGGCUCGGGCAUUCUCUGCGCCGAUGAUCUGGAAACUGGAAGGUACGGGGAGCCAUCGGAUCAGGUGUAUGAUGAUUGGGAUGGCCUCAGCGUUGUGACGAGUCUACCUGACUCAGCUCCACAUCGGAUUGUAGACAAAGUUGUACUUGCCGGCGCAUCGGAUGCGUUGAAGACGGCGAUUGUUUGUCCACCUACUAUCUAUGGUCUUGGGCGUGGACCAGGCAAUCAUCGCUCUAUCCAGGCGUACAGUAUGACUCGCACGACGCUCAAGCGAGGAAAAGGUGUACGAGUAGGGAAAGGCUUAAAUAAUUGGACAAUGGUCCACGUGCAUGACUUGUCUGGCUUGUUCCUCACCCUUGUCGAGGCAGCAGCACGGGGCGGUGGCAAGGCCGCCUGGGGCGCGGAAGGGUACUAUUUCGCCGAGAAUGGAGAGUUCCUGUGGGGUGAGGUCAGCGAGGCGAUUGCGAAGGAGACUGCGAAAAGAGGCUUCACAAAGACAGAUGAAGUCGAAAGUAUUGGUUCUGAGGAGGCUGAUAAAGAGUGCGUCUCCGGUGCUUUCUUGUGGGGGACAAACUCAAGAUGUAAGGCGAUUCGGGCGCGAAAAGUACUUGGAUGGGAACCUAAGGGCAAGAGCUUGUGGAGCGAGAUUCCGGAUAUCGUUGAUGGUGAGGCGAAGGCUGUAGGCAUGGUGAAGGGACAUGCUGCCCUUGCUGCUGGACAGUGAGUGAGAUCCAUCACCACGUAUGUUGGUCUUAAGUUAGGGGUACUGUAGACAAGCCAUCCAUGAAGGCUGGAAAGCUAUGUAAAGAUUCAGAUUCCAUAGUCCAAAUGUUAUAGUGCAUAUGUUACAAAGCCA